AUGCCUCCACGAAGAGUAACAAGACGCAAUCCUCCGAUAACUUCAACUCAACCACCACCUCCGCCGCAAUACAAUCCAGUAGCUAUCCAAGCUGCAGUGGAUGCGGCUAAAAUCUUGAUACCAAAAGGUGGAAAGAAAGAAGAGAAUAGAGCCCCACCUCAAGCAAAGGGCAAAUGGCCUGUAAUCGGACACUUACACCUUUUAGGUUCAUCCGGAUUACCUCAUAGGGUGUUAGCUAAAUUGUCAGAAAGAUAUGGCCCUAUCUUCACCAUCAUGCUCGGUGUUCACAAUGCUUUGGUUGUGAGUAGCAACGAUAUAGCAAAAGAGUGUUUUACAAUAAAGGACAAGGCCUUUUGUAGUCGACCCAAGUUGAUGGAAAUGGAACUCAUGGGCUAUAACUAUGCCAUCUUUGCUCUUGCUCCUUAUGGGGACUAUUGGCGACAAGUGCGCAAGAUCAUCAUGCUCCAUGUUCUCUCUCCAAAACGAGUUGAGAUGCUUGCACCUAUUCGAGUUUUAGAGCUUAGAGCAUCCAUGGCAGAGAUAUAUGCGGCUUGGUUAAAGAAUAAAGAGACUACAGGAUCAGACGUGGUGAAGCUGGAUAUGCAACAAUGGUUUGGGACCUUGAUAUUGAAUGGUCUUUUAUGGGUUGUUGCUGGAAAAAGGCUUUCGCUCAAUGAUGAAGAAGGGAUUCGAUUUCAGAAAGUUGCAAGGAAAUUCUUUCAGUUAUUAGGCGCAUUUGUGGUGUCUGAUUUUAUUCCAUCUCUGAAACGUUUCGACAUAGGAGGAUACGAGAGAGAGAUGAGGAUCCCUGGAAAAGAGAUGGACGAGAUCUUUGAUGGAUGGUUAGAAGAGCAUAAAAGAAAGAGAAAGUCUAAACAACAAGAUGAAGGCAACCAAGUCCUUAUGGAUGUGCUCAUUUCCAUUGUUGAAGGUGCUUCCGAAGAGGAAUUCCCUGGUCAUGACAGUGAUACUAUAAUCAAAGCUACAUGUUUGACCAUGCUAAUUGCUGGAUUGGACAUAACAGCUGUGACUUAAACAUGGUCUUUGUGCUUGUUGCUUAACAACCAAAGAACUAUAAAAGUUGCCCAAGAUGAAAUUGAUGAGCAUGUUGGAAGGAAUAGGCCAGUAGAAGAAUCAGACCUAAAGA